UGCCGCUGCUACUGCUGUGUGUGCGCGCCGUUUCGGCCCCGAACUCAGGCUGCCACAGGAAUAUAUGAUAUUCAGUCAGCAUCCAUCCAGCAUCCAGUCGCCGUCGUCGUCGUUCUCCGGGCUUUAUUUCGUCCCACACUCUAUCAUUAGAUUCACGCGUUUUCACAAUUUCUCCGACGAAUAUCCGAGGUCCUUUUGGAAGCAGCAUCACGUGGAGCUGUUAUCUCGGCGGACGCUUUCUUGACGCGUGGCCGCAGCCGUAGACAAAGUGUCGACCGGUUGUUGUUGGUGGUGUUCGUCACUUGCAGCUUCCAUUUCUUCGGGCCGUUUGUUUUGCUCGGUUCCUUCGCUGCUGUCAACCGCAUGGUUUCGCUUUUGCUGUGUGUGACAGCGAGCGGACGUUGAAAAGGGAAUUCAAUUCCAGAGCCGCGGGCCGCCGAGCGCGGGAAAUGGUGCGUGUGUAAUGUGAAACAUGUGUUUGCGGGGUUAAUUUUAGAAUCGUGAUAAUAGGAUGAUUAAAAGUUGUGUCGCCGCCAGGGAAAUUGUUACGGGAAAUCGGUAGCUAAUUGAUUGUGUGAGUGCUGCUUGCAGCGUGAGUUAAGUGAAGCCUCAGAACGUUGUUACACCGUUAGGGUGUCCUGUCGGUUUCCGGGAAUGAGGUCACCCGCAAGUGGAGUGGAGUGUGGUAAUUAAAAUUCCAUGUUCGAUUCGCUUCCGUCGCGCGACCAGCCUUAAUGUAUGCGACAACGGUAAUUAAUUAAAAUUUUAUGAGAAAAACAGAUUUCGGCGCCCACUUCACCGGGUAAAGGGCAAUUUGUGGAACAAUGGUGCGUUUCAUUUGUUUCGAUAUGGUUUGUUGGUCGAGUGUCCUGCUGUUGGCGUUUGUGGCUGCCUCCCCGGAUGGCUAUUUGAAUAUGUUUCCCCUUCAGUCCCAAUAUGAUCCCUGCUACGAUGAGGACCGAUCGAGACGAUGUGUGCCGGACUUCGUAAACGCCGCUUUCGGUAUGCCCAUAGUGGCUUCAUCCACGUGUGGACUGUACGGACCAGUGGAAGUCUGUGACAGUCAGGAACUCCGAGGGCCCUGCCACCAAUGCGAUAACUCCGUCCCGCGCAAACGGUUCCCUCCUUCCGCUCUGACGGAUGUGAACAACUCGAAUAACGUUACUUGUUGGCGCUCGGCGCCAAUUCCAACUCCCACUGGCAUGAACGAUCCCCCGGAUAACGUCACACUGACCUUAUCUCUGGGCAAAAAGUACGAACUAACAUAUGUGAGCCUAACCUUCUGCCCGGGGGCUGUCAAACCUGAUUCGAUAGCAAUCUACAAGAGUGUAGAUUUCGGAAGAACCUGGCAACCGUUCCAAUUCUACAGCUCCCAGUGCCGACGAGUGUACGGUCGACCAAACCGAGCCAUGAUCACCAAAGCGAACGAACAAGAAGCUCGCUGCACUGAUGCUCACAGGCACACGGGCGAAUCAACCGGCAUCCAAGGGUCACGGAUCGCUUUCAGCACACUGGAAGGUCGACCUUCGGCAUCCGAUUUCGACUCCUCGCCAGUUCUCCAAGAUUGGGUGACGGCAACCGACAUUCGGGUGGUUUUCCAUCGACUUCAAAUGCCACAGGAAUCGCUGGAAGAUUUACUCCUGCUCGGAUCGCCACAGGUGCCGCCCUCGUUUAGGCCGAAUAAAGAUCCCUUCGGAUUCAACGGUAUCGAACCGUACGGUAGUGCAACAAGUCCAACGAUUACGACCUCGACAACGGUUCCACCCCUGACGCAUCACUACGCGGUUUCGGAUUUUGCCGUUGGUGGGCGUUGCAAGUGUAAUGGACACGCAUCGAGGUGUGUCCCCGGGCGUGAGGGUGAGCUGACCUGUGACUGUAAGCACAAUACCGCCGGAAGGGAUUGCGAGCGAUGCAAGCCGUUUCACUUCGAUCGGCCCUGGGGACGAGCCAACGCGAGGGAGUCCAGCGAGUGCAAAGUGUGCAAUUGCAACGGCCACGCGCGCCGCUGUCGCUUCAACAUGGAGCUGUACAAGAUGUCCGGUAGGAUUUCCGGAGGAGUCUGUCUUAACUGUCGGCACGCAACUACCGGGAGACACUGUCAUUACUGCCGCGAGGGAUACUAUCGAGAUGCCACCAAACCGAUUUCCCACCGCAAGGUUUGCAAACCCUGUGACUGUCACCCAAUUGGAUCAACCGGCAACACCUGUAACCACACCACCGGUCAGUGUCCAUGCAAAGACGGUGUAACAGGCCUAACCUGCAACCGUUGCGCACGUGGAUAUCAGCAAAGCAGAUCACACAUCGCCCCGUGCAUAAAGAUUCCACGCGUCAUCAGCAUCGUUCACCCCCAGAAUACGGCGCCCGAUCCGCAGCGGCAUGAUCCUGAAUCGCCUUCCUACCGCACGGACGCCGGAAGGGAGUGCGGAAAGUGCAGAAUCGGCACCAAACGGCUAAAUCUAAACAAGUUCUGCAAAAGAGAUUACGUGAUAAUGGCAAAAGUGAUAGCGAGGGACACGAGAAGCGACAACGAAAACCUAAGAAGCACCAGCAUCACAAGCAGCAGCAGCAGCAGCAGCAACAGCUACAGCAACAGCAACAACGACGACGUGGCAACAUUCACACUAAGCGUCCAAAAGUUGUUCAAAAAGAGCACCCGACUAAACAGCCCCCUAGCGCUGUCCCUGAGAAGGUCGUCCCACGUAACACUCGUCGUGGACAUCAAAAGUCUCGAGUGUCGUUGCCCAAAAAUCAAAGUGAAUAAGUCCUAUUUAAUCCUCGGUAGAGACACCGAGGGACCACCAGGAGCGCUGGGCAUCGGCCCACGAUCGAUCGUGAUCGAAUGGCGUGACGAAUGGCAUCGACGGUUAAGGAAGUUUCAGCGACAGGCGGCACGCACAUGCCACUGAUCGGUCAGUCUCUCGUCCGGCUAUCGGCUUACCAAACAACGAAAACAUGGCGAGAUUUUUAAAACAAUAGUCGAUUAAGAUAUAUUUAUUGAUUAAAGUAAUAAAUUAUUGCCAAGUCUGGGAAGACCAGCGGAGUUCUUCUGAUGCAGAAGAUGCCACCGCGCGUAUGCUUAGUAGCCAGAACGCUAAUGUUUCAUGAUUUGAUCGUACAGAUUUAUUGCGAACGGUUGCGCCGCAAGAUUUAUACAUCGAUUCAGUUUUCCCAUGCGCCAUGUACCACAGUUCCUUUCGCCAAGGCACCCGUAUUUCCAUAUCCAGCAUCGUUCGGAGUAGCACAAUAAGCAAUCAUGAUGUUGUGAAUCUCUUACACACAUACACCUGUAUAUCCAAGCCAAUCGUUACUUUUAUCGCUAGAUGUAGGUUUUUAUCCCAUUACUGAAUAUUCAUGUAAUUUGUUGAAUCGUUGAAGUUCCUUAGAUCGUAGAUGCCACUCUAGCUCCUACUACUCUUGAUUGAAAUGUGUCGCCAUAUCAAAACAGAAGCAGUAUUUUAACAAUUAAGGAAUUUGUGUGAUUUUGAAAUACUUAAAAAUUGGGCAAAAUUCACUAUUUGCAGCUGUAAGAUAAAUUAUAAGUAUGUGAAUAAAUUAAAAAUACAA